ACAAAACAUAGACUAACAACAAAGUAACAUAGUAAUUGGUGAAAAUUUUUUUAUAUAUUAUUUUAUGUUGAUUGAUCUGUGCAUUCUUGUUAAUUUAGCAUUUUUGGAGUUCAAUCAUCUUGACAGAGCAACAAUUAAAUCUUCAUUAGUAUUUUUAAUGUGAUGGAAGAGGCAGGAAAAUGUCGAAAGAAAGCUGAACAGCAAUAUUACAAGCCUCCAAAGAUGGUCAACAAAGUUAAUCGAGAAGGUGAAUCAGUUGAAAGUGGUAAAAUGGAAGAAAAGGUAGUUCCUCUUAACAAUAGCCAUGACUCAAAUUAUUCAGAGCUUAAUGCAUUGGAUGCAACUAAAUUAGCUGCAUCACCAGCUUCAUCUGUAGAACAAAAGAACCGAAUCAACUGCAAAAAGCCAGAGAAACAAGUUUAUAUACCUCGUGGUAAAGCAAACGUUCAAUCAGGAGAAGAUGGUGGCGGAGGAAGUAGAGUUGAUUACAACAGACAACGGAGACGCUCGGAUCGACACAAAGAAUCAUCUGAAGAGGAUAAUCGUUCAAUGAUGCAUGAAAGAGCAGGAAGUAGUGGACGAAACCAUAGCUAUAAUAAACGUAAUCCUGAUCUCUCUGGUAUGCGUCCUGUUGACACUAUAUCACCUUUAGUAUUUGAAAAUAGCAGAUUCCAUAAGAGCAGAGACCAUGACAAGGAUACAAGAAGUACUAAGGUGAAUGAUAAUCAACAUAAUACAUUUCCCCGCGGAUCUAAGGUUCAACCGAGCUCAACAUUUCGAUCAAAUACCAAACCGCCUUCUAAAACAGAAAAUUCUGAUGCUCGAAGCUCUACAGUUGAGUCAAUAAAUAUCUCCGAAGCAAAUCGAGGGGAUGAGUCUGCUAUCAUUGCUAGAAUCCGAAAAUUUGCAUGUGCUCAUAUGGCAGCACAGCAAUAUUCUGAAGGGAAAGUACCACCAAACCCGCAGCCACAGCCUAUUCAGCAACAGCAGCCUCAUUCGCAUUCUAGCCACAAUGUUGCUUCAUCUGGUCCUCACAUAGAUCGUUUAACUAACACUUUUCCUCAUAACCCUCAACCAUCUCAUCAGCAUCAGAUUAAUAGCUCGAAGUCUCUUCAGGUAACUCAGGUCAAUUAUAAUCCAGCUCAUAAACCAAUCCAGCACCAACCGUAUCCACAACAAUCAAUUCAUAUGCACCAUCAUCCUACGCCACCCCCUUCAUUGUCUCAUCAACCACCCUCACAUGUGUCACUUCAUCCUUCACAGCAACAACAAAAGCAGCAAAAUCAACUCUUUCGUCCAUCUCAAAACCAUGAUGUUAAAAAUAAAGAUAAACAUGAUCCUGUUAACUACCGUUCAUCUUGGACAAUGCAGGAUCAAAGAAGCUCACAAUCAAGUUACAUAAAUGAUAGAUCACGGAAUAAAAAAUUCAACCGUGGUGACCAGAAAACAUUCGAACAAAAUCUUCCUCCUCGACUUCAGCGAAAGUUAGCAAUGGAAAAGGCAAAUCUUCAGAAUCGGAAUUCACGCCAGACUCCCAACCCUCAUAAUCAAAAUGCAUCAGCUCAAGAUUAUUAUUCAAAUCAAGCAACUCGUGGUGGAAUAAUUCGACUGCCCCAAGAAUCUAAUUCAAAUGAUUCUCAAUAUUUUAGUUCAUCAUCAACUGAUAGGCAUUGUAAUUUAAUGAAUGAGUCUCACUCAGAGUAUUCUAGAACUGAAUCUUUCUUUACCAAUUCAGGCUAUCAAGGGGACUCAAAGAAUUGGAUUAACUCGAAUCAAUCUAAUCCGUCAAAUAAUGCAGUUCCUCGACAAUUGUAUGAUCCAUGUACCACUCAUAAGCCGUGUGUUAUCAUUCGACCAACUACCCAUCAACCAUAUCAACCCAAUGAGCAACAACCACAAUCCCGAUGCGUACUUCUCCCUGGUUUAUUACCAGUUUCUGUUUCAAAUACUGACCACAGUGGCAACAAUUCAGUCAACCCUACCAAUGAUUCGGCGAAUGCUAAAAAUUGGUCCAACUCAGGUAAUCAUCAACAAUAUAAUAAUAAUAACCUUCAGCAACACCAUCAUUCACAUCAAUCUCAUGAGAAUGAUCACCAACGCUUACCUACCUCACCUCCCAAUGUACUUGUUCACUAUUUACCUAACUAUUCGUCUCAUGCUAAUCACCAAACUGAACCAGCUCAAAGAAACCAAACAGCUUCGCCUCAAUAUGAUUCCAGUUCCAAUAGUACUCGGCGUAAAUUGGUGGAGAAAAAUAUGAACGAAAUAGUUGAUCUGGCUAAUGAAUUGCAGAGCCAUCUCAAGCAAUAUCCUUCAUUAGACGAGAAAACGGUUAAAACUUUACGUUGGAAGAUUCAACAACGAUACCAAAGCAUUAUUGUCGCAGAUCCAAAAUUUUGUGCAGAACAUAAUGUUGAGCUAUCAUUAUGGAAAUCAGCAUUCUAUCAAUUUAUUGAAAUGAGACGACGAGAACUUGAGGAAAAUCCAGACUCGGAGACAAGUAAAGAGGAACUUCUUAAGCUUACAGAAGAAGCUACAAUUUUCUUCGAAAGUCUCUUGGUUAUGUUACAAGAUGCCUUUAACUUUGUUGUUGAUAAUUACAUUGAGCAUCAGUAUGAUCCAGAAAAACCUGGUUAUGAAAUGAUUAAAUUAGCUGCUAUUUCGGCUCAAAAAAUAUAUCUUUACCUUGGCGACCUUGCUCGUUACAAGGAACAAGCAAUUAAUGGAUCCAAUUAUGGUGAAGCUAAAAGUUAUUAUUCGAAAGCUCAACAAAUUGCACCUAAAAAUGGUCGCCCUUAUAAUCAAUUGGCUCUUUUGGCCAUGUAUGGGAGACGUCGAUUAGAUGCGGUUUACAAUUACAUGAGAAGCUUGGCUGCAAGUAAUCCAUUCCAAUCUGCCAGGGAAAGUUUACUCAGUAUAUUUGAGGAAGUUCGUAAAAAGUACGAGGCAGCCGAAAGUAAACGUUUGAGUGAUCGUUUAGUUGCCCUCAAAUUCAGCGACAGUACUAGUCCACAAGAUGAAGAUUUUCUUGUAAAUAAUGUUUUUAAAGAAAGACUUGAAAUUUGGAUUCGUCCUGAUGGAACAAGUUCAAAGCAUACUUCUGUCAUGGGAAAUGAAUCAGAAGAAGAAGAAUUGGAUUUGUUAACUGAUAUAGAUCUCAACAAAAGAUUUGUCCUCAGUUUCUUGCAUGUGCAUGGUAAACUUUUUACAAAAACAGGAUUGGAGAGUUUUAAUUCCGCCGUUAAUCAAAUGCUUAUGGAGUUAAGAUGUUUGCUUAAACGUUCACCUUUCCCAAUGUCUUCUCAAAGAUUGUUACAAUUAAUGGCUAUUAGCAUGUUCUCUGUUUACCAAUCAUCUUUUAUAGAUGGCUCCUAUCAAUCAAAUGUGCGGUCAUCUUUGCAAGAGCAAUCGAUUCAAGUUAUACUUGCUUUGGUCUCACUUUUACUCGAUCGUGUGGACAAUUCAUUAAAAGAGCAUAUUUCAAAAGGCUCGUCUUCUUCAUCACCCCAGUCCUCAUCAAAUAUUGUCAGUGAUGAUGUUGUAGAAAUGUUACCAGCAAUUAAAGUUUGGACCGAUUGGAUGUCUUGUCAAAAACAAUUCUGGUCUCCUCCACUUUCAAAACCAGGAUUCAGAAUCGGAGCCCGUGGAGAUGUUUGGACACUUUUUGCUGAAGUACUUACGAGACUAGGUGACAUCAAUACUAGGCAAAUUAAAUUAUUACCAACCAAGUUUGAAGGAUGCGAACAAGUAAUUUUACCAGAAGAUAAUAUGCUUUCCGGAUUUAUUCCUCUUCUUGGGGCUCCUUCAGCACUUUCCUAUGUUCAACCUCCAUUUGAUAAGGAAAAAGCAAGAACUUGCCUUAGAAUUAGUCGAAUCCAAUUUUUCGGAGAUUAUUUGUGUGGUAUACCAGAACCUUAUCUUGAAUUCGAUGUUGGUAAAAAAAGAUUCAACUCAUCUGUUAAGAUUUUAAGUGACGAUGAAUCUGAAUGUGGACAUAAUAUAAGUUUGGAUCUUGACGAUGAUUUGGAAGACAUUCCCACGGACUCUUCAUCUGGAGAAAAUGUUAAUUGUGAAGAAGAUGAUAAAAAGACAGAUGAUCCUGCAUUAAAAGAAUUGUGGACCAAACAAGAAACUUUACGAAAAGCUCAAAAAAGAGAAGAAAAAAUUCGACAGCAAUUAGAUGCUAUGCUCAGAGAAGAAACCAAAAUACGCCUUGUGAUUCAGCCACGUUUUCUUAUUCCAGAUACUAAUUGUUUCAUUCAUCACCUCAGUAAAUUGCAAACUUUGGUAGAAUGUGGUCAUUUUGAAGUGAUUGUACCUUUAAUUGUGAUAAAUGAACUUAAUGGGUUAAUGUCGAGGAUAACUCAGCCUACAUCAGAUUCUCCUUUACCCCUGAGUAUUCGAGAAACAUGCGACACAGAUGACCGAGAAAAGGAGAUGAAAGUUGGACAAGCAGCGAAAGAAGCUUUUGAUUAUCUAGAAACUAGUUUUAAUGAGAAAAGUAACAAGCUCAAAACUAUUACAUUCAAAGGAUCUUUACUAAACAACAUGAAUUUUAGGAAUGAAAAUUUUAAAGUUAAAAGGACUAAUAAUGAUGAUCUGGUUUUGUCAAGUUGUCUACAAUUUAUUAAGAAAAGGAACUCAUCAAAACAAACAAAUCCCGAAGAUACAGAUGGUAUUGUCAAUAUAUUUCGAGAGACUGUUUUGUUAACUGAUGAUCGUAAUCUUCGAGUUAAAGCUUUAUCACAUAACGUGCCCGUUAAAAGCUUACCUGUGUUCCUUCAAUUCGCAAACUUGCAAUAAUUUAAUUUAUCCGCCCCGUAACUAUUCGUAUACUGGCAAUUAUCAAUUGUCUUCUGUGACUGUUUUUUCAUAUUUUUUAGUUCUUAUAGAAACAACUUUGUAUACAAUUUCGACUUAGCUUAUCAUGCAAAAAACCAAAAAAACUGAAUAAACAACAAAAAAUCUCACAUACAAUUA